GUUCAGCUAGCGGACGCAAGAAAACAACCCCCGUCGACCGGUAGAAAGUCAUCGUUAUUUCCGUCCAUUCUUACGAUUUCCUUGAGGAUUCCGGAUACGUGGUGAUAAAAUUCUUUUUAUUUAUGAAACAUUGAAUGUAUGACUAUUUCAUGAACAUGCAGACGUGCUUCUGUAAGCGAACAUUUGAGAGGAUUGUGCGAGAGUUAUUGUGAAUGGUGACAGCAUUGCAAAUUAUACUUUGUCAUGACUGCGUAAGUAAACAGUGUUUAUUUAGAUACACGUCGUCACAUGCCAUUGUAACUGUGUACAAACAUGUAACUCUUACAAGAAUACCUACUUUGUAAGAAGAAGAAGUAUUAAAGGACUACCUUGGAUGAUAUUUUGAGGUUUGAAUUGAUCAAGAAAGGAGUGUAAAGAGAAGACAACUUCCCUGGAUGACGUUCAUUAUGAAGAAGAAGAAAUACAAGUUCCAAGUAAUUUUUGAGUUGGUGGAGCUUUCGUCGAUCCCGCUUGUCAAUGGAGUACUUUUCAGUAAAAUACGACUGCUAGAUGGUGGCGGAUCUUUCUCAGAAUUAUCAACCCGAGAGGAGGUGUCGGAUCAUUCAGUGAAAUGGGGAGCGACGAUGAAGUUCUCAUGCAGGAUGACGGCCAACGCAUCCACAGGGAUCCUGGAGCCUUGCCACUGCCGAGUCUCUGUCAGAAAGGAAGUCAAAGGUGGUAAAACCUUCGUCAAAUAUGGUUUUGCCGAUGUCAAUUUAGCGGAGUACGCCGGGUCUGGUAAAAUGACCAGACGAUACCUCUUGGAGGGAUACGACACAAAGAACCGACUCGACAACAGCAUUCUAAAGGUCAAUAUAGAAAUGAUGUUGAUGUCCGGAGAUCCAUGCUUUAAAGCGCCGGACAUGACGCAUCACUUUCUCCCCGGGGAGGUCAAGAAAGACGACAUGUUAAAGUCGAGUUUAAGAGGCAACGAGAUCAUGUCAGGUGGGAGUCUGGUCGGAGACAGCAGUGCAAGGAGUCGUCCAGGCAAACCAAGACCCAAUAUUCUCACAUCAGGUCUGGUAUCACAAGUUGAACCUACCGGUCCUGAGGAUGAAAUCUUUGAGCUUGGUCAUUCCCGUAGCUCAAGUUACAACAGCCAGCAUUCACGAGCUAGCGGCUACAGCAGUACUCAUUCCCGAUCCUCUAGCGCCACCGAGCACUUCUCAAGCGCGCAGAGCUUGACGGAUCUACCAGAGCAGGAAGAACCCAAAGAGUCAUGGAAGGGAACCAAUGAAAGACGUAGGAAACAUGCAGAGGAGUCCCAACAGCAGAGAAGAGUUGACGACACAAGGGUUGAUGCAGAUGAAAUCAUUGAUGACAUCAUCAGUAAACAAGAUUUCCAGGCAGAUGAGAGUGCUGGAGAUGAGGGUCUUCAAUUAUUCAUUGCUAAGGACGGCUCGAUGGCACUUGGGAGUAAUCAACUAAAAAACAGAAUGUCAGCUGGUGUCUUUGAACAAGUUGUGGUCGACCAGAGGUAGUCCUUCCCCCCCUUUUAGGUCAAAGGUCAACCAUGUUAUGAAG